UUGGCCGUUCGCGUUGUUCAACCGCCAUGUUUGUGCAAACAAAAGAAACACUUUCCGCACCUGUACAGUCGCUUAGACUCAUGCAUGGCUUGCACCUCGUGACAACCACAGAAGAACAUCAAAAUGUAAUAUAGGCAGUGUAAAGCUUUGGAUUAGACGGCGGCUAUCAUAAUGCCCUUUCCAAUUACGAAUCAAGUGCAAACAGCCCCACAGACGCCAAGGCACUAUGGGAUAACAUCUCCCAUCAGCCUAGUCCUGCCGAAGGAGUCAGACCUGGUGCUAACUCAGAGACUGACCGAGGCACUGAAGCCUUUCGGGGUAUUUGAGGAGGAGCUGGAACUGCAGCGGAGAAUCCUGGUUUUGGGGAAACUGAAUACACUGGUUAAGGAGUGGAUCCGUGAGAUCAGUGAAUCCAAGAAUAUACCAGCAUCGUUGAUGGACAAUGUUGGUGGAAAAAUAUUUACAUUUGGCUCGUACAGGUUAGGAGUACAUACAAAAGGUGCGGAUAUAGAUGCCCUCUGUGUCGCCCCUCGCCAUGUGGAGAGGACUGACUUCUUCACCUCUUUCUAUGAGAAAUUAAAGGAGCAAGAGGAGGUCAAAGACUUGAGGGCUGUGGAAGAGGCUUUUGUUCCUGUGAUUAAGCUGUCCUUUGAUGGAAUUGAGAUUGACAUAUUGUUUGCCCGGCUGGCGCUGCAGACCAUUCCAGAGAAUUUAGACUUGCGAGAUGAUGGUUUACUGAAGAACUUGAACAUCCAUUGUAUAAGGAGCCUGAAUGGCUGCAGGGUGACUGACGAGAUCCUUCAUCUAGUACCCAACAUUGAGAAUUUCCGGCUUACUCUCCGAGCCAUCAAACUGUGGGCCAAACGCCAUAACAUUUAUUCAAACAUAUUGGGUUUCCUGGGUGGUGUGUCUUGGGCCAUGCUGGUGGCACGGACCUGCCAGCUCUACCCCAACGCUGUGGCUUCCACACUUGUGCACAAGUUUUUCCUGGUCUUCUCCAAGUGGGAGUGGCCCAAUCCAGUCUUGUUGAAGCAACCAGAGGACUGUAACCUCAACCUGCCCGUCUGGGACCCAAGGGUAACUCCUAGUGACCGAUAUCACCUCAUGCCCAUCAUCACACCAGCCUACCCUCAGCAGAACUCCACAUACAAUGUAUCUGUGUCUACACGGAACAUCAUGGUCGAAGAGUUCAAACAGGGUCUUGCCAUCACAGAUGAAAUAUUGCAGAACAAAGCAGAAUGGUCCAAACUAUUUGAAGCUCCAAACUUCUUUCAGAAAUACAAGCAUUAUAUUGUGUUGCUAGCAAGUGCGUCCACUGAGAAGCAGCACCUGGAGUGGAUUGGCCUCGUUGAGUCCAAGAUCAGAAUCUUGGUGGGGAACUUGGAGAAAAAUGAGUUCAUCACACUUGCCCAUGUGAAUCCUCAGUCUUUCCCAGGACCAAAGGAAGGCAAUGAUAAGGAGGAAUUCAGCACAAUGUGGGUUAUUGGCAUUGACUUCAAGAAAAUGGAAGGGUCUGAACAUCUUAAUGUGGACUUGACAUUUGAUAUCCAGUCCUUUACAGACACGGUGUACCGGCAAGCCAUCAGUAGCAAGAUGUUUGAGCCUGACAUGAAAAUAACAGCCAUGCACGUGAAGAGGAGGCAGCUUCACCAGCUCCUGCCAGACCUGGUCAUCCUGAAAAGACGAAAGCACUCCACGGACGGCCUGCGGAUGAUGAAUGAGAGCAGCGUGGAUCUGGCCCUGGACAGCGACAACAGCAUGUCUCUGCCCUCCCCCACCAGCACGGCGCCGUCCUCCUCCUGCCUCGUUGCUGCCAAGAGUGUGCGCUCUGCCAGUCCCCACGGCUCCAUAGGGAUCACUGCCAUUUCGGAAUCACAAAUUAAAACGGACCUUCCGGGAGGCGCGCCUGCAGUUGGAGAAACCAAACCCCCCGGGGCCGUGGGUGCCAGCAGCAGCCCGGCUCCCAUGGGCCCCCCUACGGGCAAGAGACCGGGCUCGCCUCUCCUCUCCGACAAGGACAAGAAGCUCAAGGUGGAGCCGGAGUCUACCUCAGAGGCCAAAGGCAGAGAGCACAGGGACAGUCAGCCUGCUGUGGAGGCUGAGGUAGGAGAUCCGACCCCUUUAGAAGGAGAGACCGGGAUGACAGAGUUGGACAUGGAAAAGAAUAUUCCUCCAGCUCAGAGAAUUCCAAGUGCGGAUCUGUCUGAUGUCCCUCUCCUCCCUGCCAAUCCCAUUCCUGUGGUGAAAAACUCCAUAAAACUCCGGCUAAGCAGGUAGUCAGUCAGCUCCUCGGCCUCUUUCACAGCGGCCCGAUGGGAGACCCAACAGUGGCACCCGCCCCGUGCAGAGUGACAGACGGCCUCGGGCGCAACGUGUACCCGAGAGCCCCACAUGCAGUGCUCCGCUCUGUCCACAAGAGGGCAGCGCUGCUCUUCCGUAAACUCCCUGAUGGUUGUCGCCCAACUCCUUUCCUCCACGGAGAAAACAAUGAUGCAUAAAUAUGAUGUCAUGCCCUCACAGCCUCCUUGUAACAACUAAACGUGUGUUUGUGUGAGCACGUUGACAUAACGCUUGUAUAUUCCCAUAGUCCUAUCUUCCUGUUUGUUCUCAGACACCGGUAACAUUUCCUCUACAUAAGUACAAUUUUUUUUGUGAUUCUGUAAUAAUGUGGCAUAUUCUCUAGACUGCAGUAGGUUGAUUGGGAGUCAGUCCACUGUAUAUGAAUCUUAUUUGGAGAUCAGGUUUAAAAAGGUGCUCAGAUAAUGAAGCUACAUCAGGUUAGUCAGUACUAAUGAAAAUAGUUGUUUUUAAUAGAAAACAAAGAUGGAAUGAAUGAGAAGGUCUGACCAAAUUAAUCUCUGAUUUAGAGAUUAUUCUAGUCUAAACAUCUCUGCUGUUUUGCAUUGAUAUCAUCAAGUGGUAUGUGUACCAUUGGGGUGGAAUGGGUAGUAUUUUCCUAUCGAGCUUGAUUCCUGCUCGCAUUGUCUCGUUUUAUCUCAUUGAAAUAUAUUAUUUAAAAAAAGAGAAAAAUGCAUUUAUUUGCUUCAAACCUUUCCUUUAGUGCCAGGAUUUUUCUCUUUCUUUCUUUUUUAUUUUAUUACCAACCUGGAAUUAGUGAUGCAUAUUUAAAUGCAUAUUGACCUGGCAUUAGUAGUACAUUAACCCAAGCAUAUGCUGUCAUAAGCUUUUGGAUAUGAUGAGGAAAUCAAAGCUGUAGUACAUGAAGUUUGUAAUUAAUGGUAGCUAUUGAGGCAGAAGAAUGAUUUAGUUGAUUCUUGAAACGUGCACGGGCUUUUCUUAUUCAGUAAUUUUGCUUAUGUUAAGAGAUUUGUUGGUCUUACUUACAUGUAUGAAAUCACGUGGAGGUACAGUACUGUUGUCUCAAGAAAGGUGUUGUUCUAUAUAUUUCACCUCUUCAGUGAAAAACCUCCUUUGGUUUCAGUAUUCUCAGUUCAACUUUACAUAGGCUUAUUUGUAAGAACAAGCUAUUGUACUUUUUUCACAAAUAAAGGUCUACAAAGUUGCAAUGAAA